CAUCUACAGCGGUGGGAUUUGAUUUUGCAGAGAUACGCCGAGCAGGAAGGCUGUGCGCGCAGCUGAGUGUGUGCGUAAAAUAAAGCCCGCCUGUGCGCACCGAGGCUCUCUGUCAGGAAGCGCUCAUCGCUGAACCCUGUCAUACAACCCACUCUUCAGUUUCACCCGUGACUCGUAGUUAGGGCUUUAAAGCGGGAUGUUGGACUGUUUACUCUGCCUUUAACCUGGUCUGAUUCCCCACUGAAAGAAACGAUGAGCGGUGAUACAGACUUCCUAGAGGGCGAAGGAUAUCAGGAAGAGGCCAGAUCCUCCCCCCAGUGGUCUGAGGAGCGCUGCGAGGAGCUGUGGGAUCGUGUGGAGGGAGUGCGGCACAAACUCACCCGCAUCCUCAACCCGGCAAAACUCACCCCAUAUCUCCGGCAGUGCAAGGUCAUCGACGAGCAGGAUGAGGAUGAAGUGCUCAACUCCACGCAGUAUCCGCUGCGCAUCAGCAAGGCUGGUCGUUUGCUGGACAUUCUGCGUGGUCAGGGCCAGAGAGGCAUUCAGGCCUUCAUGGAGUCGCUGGAGUUUUACCAUCCAGAUCAGUACACACAGCUGACAGGAAAACCGCCGACGCAGCGAUGUUCCCUCAUACUGGACGAAGAAGGUCCAGAGGGGUUGACUCAGUUUCUGCUGCUGGAGGUGCGUAAACUCAGGGAGCAGCUGAGAAACAGCCGCCUCUGUGAGCGCCGUCUGUCUCAGCGAUGUCGAAUGGCGGAAGACGAGCGCAGCCGAGCCGAACGCAAAGCUCAGGAGCUGCGGCAUGACAAAAUGCUGCUUGAAAGGCUGCGUCAAGACUGGGAGUCAGCCAGCCGAGAGCUCAGUAACCUGAAAGACAGACACCUUGAACAGGCGGUGAAAUACUCCAGGGCAUUGGAGGAGCAGAACAAAGCCACCAUUAGAGAAAGAGAGUUGCUGAGUCAGGUAGAGGAGCUGAAGUCCAGACUAGCUGAGGCAGAUAAGAGACCUGACAAAGCUAACGGUCCAGAGAUUAGCAGAAGCCAUAGCGGUCUCUCCAAUGGGAUAAAUGGCUCUGCUUUAGCAAAGAAGCCAUCUCAGCCGUCUGAUGUUCAAGAUGAAAAAGGCAAGAGAAUUCAGAAGGGAAACUCAGAUCCCUCCCCCGGAGUCAAUGCCCUGAUGGAUAUCCUGCAGCAGGACCGCAGAGAGGCUGCAGAACAGAGGCAGGAGCUCUGUCAAAUCAUCACCAGACUUCAGGGAGAGCUACAGAACGCCGAGGAGAACAGAGACAAGUUGGAGGCGCUGUGUGAGGAGCUGCAACUGAAGGUCAGGACUCUCCAGCUGGACUGGGAGACGGAGCAGAAGAGGAGCGUUUCCUACUUCAACCAAAUCAUGGAGCUGGAGAAAGAGAGAGACCAGGCUUUACGCAGCCGGGACAGCCUGCAGCUUGAGUACACUGACUGCCUGCUGGAUAAGAACCGCCUGCGUAAACGCAUUGCAGAGCUGCAGGCCAACUUGGAGCAGCAGCAGAGAGAGCUGGAGAAGGAGCAAGAACGCUGCCGGGAGCAGAUACAGCAGAGUCCCUGCCUGAACUGCUCCCACCUGUCUCUGUGCAGUGAGGAACAGUGCUUCGGCCCGUGCUGUGACCUUGACCUGGAUCUGAGUCCUCAGCUCAGCAGAACUAAUCUGGUGCUACGGAAGGCGCCCCCUAGUGGACAAAGCACUGAGAACUCUGAGGAUUCCGUUUACAACUCAGAGGAGAACCUGGUGUGCUCGUUAAAAGAUAACGAAAAGCAAAUAAAUCGUCUAUCCACGUUCGCCUUUCCUCCAUGCAUGAACUCCAUCAACAGACGGUUUAACUCAGACUUUGAUUUGGAGUCUUGGGGCAGUGAUGAUAAUGAUAUUAUUCCAGGGGAACAGAGUGAACCUUCGCUGUCAGACUCCUGGACCUCUUUGCAUUCUCAUCUCUUCCCCCCUGAUUUGGUCAACCCAUCCAGCCCUAUUGUUUCCAGGAAGCCAGCCUCACCCUGCUCUCUACCUUCAAGCCCGUCCUCCUCACCAAAGCUGGGAAGAGCCAGUCUGGCUGAUGACAUCACCAUAGUUGGUGGAAAUCGAACAGGGAUAUUCGUCAGCCAUGUGAAAGCAGGCUCUCUGGCUGAAAAGUGUGGACUGAAGGAGGGCUGUAAGCUGCUAGAGUUGGAUGGGGUUCUGUUUGGCGGAGGAAGUGUGCAGCUGGUUCAGUGCACUGCUGAGGUGGCCCACUUUUCUCUGCAGUGGUGGACCGAACCCUCGAUGCUCAAACACCAGAGUAACCUAGAAGCCUACUAUAAGCUCUGCUCAGAGAUCUCCUCACCCUCCUUUGUGGGCGCGGACUCCUUCUAUGCACGUGUCAAUCUCAACAUGGAGCCUCAUGGUGACCCGCCAACUAUGGGUGUUUUUUGCGAUGACAUCAUACACGUCACUGACACAAGGCACAAUGGGAAAUACCAGUGGCGCUGUUCCCUGGUGGACCACGACACGGCCGUAACCCUGCAGACUGGAACCAUUCCCAACUACAACAGGGCACAGCAGUUAUUGCUGAUAAAGCUACGUAAAAUGUCACUGGAGCAAAAGAACCUCAAGAAGAGGAUGUUUUUAAAGAAAACACCAGACCGCAUUCGACUGGUCAAGGCGGUGGAUCCCAGCUCUCGGGGAAGCGAUUCCACAAAGCAGGUUUUUUACACGCUUAGCAAACGUCAUGACGACCAUUUGAUCCCAUACAGUCUGAUGCAGCCGGUGAAGGUUCAGACUAAGCGGCCGGUCAUCUUCUCACCUUCUCUUCUGUCCAGAAGGCUCAUCGAGAGGCUGCUGCAGCCGGCGGAGUCUGGUUUGAACUUUAACACAUGUCUGCCCGAGCCUAUUCACGCUUCAGAACAAAAGGACAAAAAGAUAUUUUUGCUGGAUUCCUGUCGUCCAGAGCAGAAUCUGGGAAUACGGCUGGAAUCAAUACAGGAUGUGAUCAGUCAGGACAGGCAUUGUCUGUUAGAGCUGGGGCUGCCCAGCGUUGAGGGUCUGCUGAGGCAGGGGAUUUACCCCAUUGUCAUCCACAUUCGCCCUAAAAACAAAAAGCACAAGAAGCUACGGAAGUUUUUUCCGAGGUGUGGAGAGGACAACAUAAUGGAGGAGGUGUGCCAGGCCGAGGAGCUGCAGCUGGAAACCCUGCCUCUUCUUUACUACACUGUGGAGCCAAACACCUGGAGCUGCACCGAGGAGCUGCUGGAAGCCUUACGCAAUGCAAUCCAAGGGCAGCAGAGGGCAGUAGCAUGGAUUGAACUUGACCGGCUGCAUUAGAUAGAUACACAAACUAGAUUAUGAUGGUAGAGGAGAAGGUACUAAACCUAACCUUGGUCUUUAUAGUGGCUAUGACGUUAAGUAUUUGUGCAAAGAACAUUUUGAAUUUCAGUAGAACAAGAUCAGCCUUUUAAGCAUGUUGAUGUUAACUAUUUCCUUCCUACUCCUAAUGUGCAUGCUAUUGUUGCUGCAAAUAAGUCUGCGGGAAAUUCUUCAAUUUGCAGCAUGUCUUUACAUUCAGGCUUCUCACUAAAUGAAAAGUUUUAUUAUAUUUUUAAAAGCUGUGCAUUUUAAAUAAGGCAUAUUGUUAUAAAAAAAAUGGUUAGUAUUGUACAGCAACCAAAUAUAUAUCCUACUUUCUGGACUACUGUGAAUUCUUUUUUAUGAUAUUUUUAAAGGCCAUGCACAUUUCUUGACAU